AGGGGCAGAGUUCCAAAAUUCAACUUUUCAUUUUUUUCUUACUAGGGCAACCCCAAUGUGCCAUUAUCCUUCUGUUUAAUCACAUAUAGGGGACGCAUAUCACUGUAAAGAUAAAAUAUCCCUCAACAGGGAGAGCCCAUUGCGUGACCCUAAUUUAGUUAGGGUUGCUUGAGGCAAAUAUUACGUUCGGCCACAAACGCGGCCAUUUGGGAACGAAGUUCAUUCAUCAUCCUUCUCUUACACAAUGGAUACACCUUCAUCCACUUCGACAGAGUAUUGUCCCAAAGACCGCAGCCGUCAUGUGGAUAUACGUACGAAGUUCCCUGGGGCCCUUUAUUGCCCGCAUUGCGCUCAACGGCUCCCUACGGCUUCAUCAUCAUUUGGCCCUAUUACCCCUAUUUCUAUCGACCUCACAGUCGAUUCACCUACUUCCCAAUCAACAGUCCAACGAGGCAAUGCGAUGACGAUUCCUUCCCAACGAUCCCGACCGAGACCUGAUACCUAUCAGAACGCUACGAACCUAGCUAUUGAAAGCCGGUCAAGGAGCAUCGCAGCUACAAGCCAUACGGCUAAGAUUGUCAUCGAAUUGCACGCUUCGUUUUGGUCGUGCGAUGGGUAUUAUGACAAUGUCCUUGACGGUGUUGAAACCCCAGUAUACGACAAGACGGCAAACCUCGUUGGAAAGCGUACAGGAAAUGUUGAGAUCGUUCUCGGGGCAAAGUUCCCUUCUCAUGCCGCAAUGAUAGAGUUCAUUGUCAAGCAGUGUGACAAGAGGCUUGCAGUUAAGGAAUGGAAGGUCGUUCAUUCCGUAGUGACUCAAACUGCUACCUUUGGACCCGUUGAGUUCUCUGAUGCCGCGUACGAAACGACCUCGUUUGCGGACCUCUUUCGUGUGGGCAAUAUCUCGCUUGCCCCAAAGCGCGAUACGGUCCAUUUGACCUUUUGGUACUUCAAUGUAAAGCCUCGGCCUGAUAUUGAGUCACCAAUGCCGUCAAGAGCCGUACGUGGUCACAAGCGAGCGAUUGAUCGCAUACCCUCUGAUCUAGAGUCAGAAGCCUCGGCGAGGAGCUCUAGCAAACGCAAAGCCUCACGUACGGUAAAGUCAGAGCGCGUAUCCCCAAUUAAGAAGGAAUCAAAGCCACGAAAGCUAUCUCGUAUACCGGUAAAAGAGGAAGCUGAGACCCCCUUGGAGUUGGAGGGCAAGGAUGAUAUUCAGGCUGAAAUUCAGGUUGAGCUUUCGGGUGAAGAUGACGCGGAUUCGGCUACUUUUGAGGCCGUCCUUGACGAUCCAUUCGCGAGUGAUAUCGAUGAACACUCGGAGGCCCAGGCUCUCUCACCUCAGAAGAGGCUUCCUGUCCGGAUUGGUAGGGGAAAGAAUAAGAAUAGGGAUUAGUUUCAGUUCAAUUGCUACAAUUGGUUAUGCAUCUAGUCGUAUAGUUGGUCUCCCUCACCCCAGUCAAUCUCUUCCUCCUCAAUGCGUUCCAAAAGCGAAGCAGUAUCGAUAUCGUGAGUGGCCAAAUGAUCACGUACGCGGUCUAGGCCACCCG